AUGCAACAGCAGGAAAGACCGCCACCGUCAAAGCUCUCCUUGAAGGGCUUCUUAACAUUUCCAUACGGCUCAUGUGGGGUAACACCAUUCGUAGACGUUAAUCUUGACGAUGUACUCGAGCGCAAACACCUCCCGCCCCUCGGCCUCAAGGAUUUCGAAGAAUAUCUUCUCUAUGUCGAACAAUCCCCCGAAAAUCUCUACUUUUUGUUAUGGCUGAAGGAGUACACCACCCGUUACCACAUCUGGGCCCAGCGUACCAAAGCCACACUUGCCCCAGCUACCCCAGAUCCCGCAUGCACGACAACCAUUUCGCACUCCGCCCAAACCUUCUUCACGCCUGGCGCUGAGUACGAACUUGAUGUCCCUUCAGAUAUUCUCGCGCCAUUUCCAUUGCCCAGCUCAGAACUCUGCGCUUUUAGCAGAAUUCGCGGGCCUACAGCCGUUUCGAACCCACCAAAUGCGCACCCAGAUCCUGCAGUAUUUAUAGAGGUUGCAUUGGAGACGCGUGCUAUGCUCAGAGAGUCCCUUUCCCGCUUUGUUCGUGCAGCUUCUACCAAUGUUGGCUCAGGCAGAGCAGCUUGCGGCAUUGCCGCUGGGACACUGUGUUUAUGCGUUGCUGGAAUUUUACCCCUUGCACUGACCUUUCCCGGCAUCUGGCUUGGUCUGCUGUUGUUGAUCUCCAGUUUCAACGGAAUUUGUCUUAUGAUAUAUGUCUUCGGUGACCUGAGACAACUUCGAAAAUUUGAGCUUGCCAGGCCGGUUAUUUCAAGGCCGCUGCCCGUCCCUGCGGUCACGUCGAUAUCUUCACCGCUGCCUCACCCACCACCGCUUAGCAAGAGGCCUAGUAUCGCAAUAUCGAAACAUCACGAUAGGCAGUGUGAUCCAGAGUUCUUCUCGUCCACCUCCCUCCAAUCUGCACCAUGCAUCAUUUCUGCGGAAGGACGCUCAUUUUCGCCAACCUCGGACUCGUCUUCUGAUAGCGAACUGUGCGGAUCUUCGGAAGGCUCGUCCUCUUCAUUUGAAUUGCCGGAGAUUGAAGUUUCUCCCGCCUACUUCGAUGAUGUGCCUGCACCUGAGGGUCCAGCCACAGCCACAGGCUUGCAUCGAUCCCAUUACCGUUCCGUACAAUCAUCCAUCACCUUCCCUUCUGUGCUACAUACUCGACAACGCCCGAAUUCUGCUGCGCUACCCUCACCCCUCGAACAUCGCGCAUUCCAACGGGAAUGCCCGGCACAGUCCAGCUGUCAAAUAAGACGAGGCGAGAGCUUUGACUUUGAUCUUCUUCCCAAGUCUGGCAAGGGAAACGCGAUUCUUGCAGAUAACAUUCGCCUCACGAGCAACACUUUUCCACCUCCUAUCACUAUCCCAGAUCAUAUUCCAACCCCUUCUCCUCAAACUGAAAACACCACUCCUUCAAACAAUCCCAUGAGUUCCGCCAUCGCACGCCAGCAGUAUAAAUGCAAGCGCACAUACGCGCCACCACUAUCACUCGUCUCACAAAUCUCAUCAGUUCCUUCGCCUAAUUCAUACACUUCAUCUCCGAGCCCGACUUCUAAUCGCCCCCCCCUUGUCUCCUUCAUGAUUCCCUCUUUCACCGCAGGCGUUCCUGCGUUCCAAGCGCCGAUGACGCGUGUGCGGUCGCCUGUGGUGAUCCGAGCUCAGUGGGAAGUUGUUAUUCGCUCUGCUGCCAUCGGCCUGAUUGGUGCGGUGAUAUUGGUCGCCAUUUUUAUUGGCGCUAUUCCAUGA